AAACAACCCCUUCAAGACCAAAUCCCUCCGGAGAAGAAAGAGGACGACGAAGAGGAACAGGAGUACAUUCCAGAAUUUUCCACAGAUAAGAGAAUUUGGAGGAAUGAUGGAUGUGCCGAGCUCAUGGGAUGCCCUUCGCAAACAGGCUCGGAAGCUUGAAGCUCAGUUGGAUGAGCAAAUGAAUUCAUAUCGUAAAGCGGUUUCUACAAAGGUCCCUGCAAAAAAUGAUACUUCAGAGAACAAUCUUGAAUCUGGGAUAGAUCGACUGUUAAAACAGCUACAGCAAGUUAAUUCACAGAUGCAAGCUUGGGUAUCAUCAGGGGGAACAGAAAUGGUUUCUCACACGUUGACUAGGCACCAGGAGAUUCUGCAAGAUCUCACUCAGGAGUUUUAUCGUCUUCGCUCCAGCCUUAGAGCUAAGAAGGAACAUGCUUCACUUCUUGAGGAUUUUAGAGAGUUUGAUCGCACAAGAUUAGACUUGGAAGAGGGUGUUGGUUCUGGUGAGCAAGCACUCCUAAAAGAGCAUGCAUCUAUUAGCCGAAAUACAGGACAGGUGGAUACUGUGAUUUCGCAAGCUCAAGCAACACUUGGUGCACUCGUCAUCCAACGUUCCACUUUUGGUGGCAUCAAUUCAAAGCUCAGCAAUGUUAGCAGCCGCCUCCCAACGGUUAAUAGCAUACUCUCAGCAAUCAAGAGGAAAAAGUCUAUGGAUACCAUUAUACUUUCACUCGUUGCAUCCGUGUGCACAUUUCUCAUUUUUAUCUACUGGUUGAGCAAAUGAGGAUAAUAUUAGUGUUCUUUUUUCCUGGCCGGUGCUUGUGGUGAACAGUGUAUUCUUACAUUGAUACUCUUUUUUCUUCUGGUUGAGGGCAUCCUCUUCUGUUUUUGAGAUGGGGUUUUUGUUUUUUGGUGGGCAGUGCAUUAUAUUCUCUUUGUAUCUGUAACAAAUUGCAUUCUGCAGUGAAGUUCAUAAUUUCGUCACUA